AUGCCUCCUCAAGUCCCCAGGAACCUGCUGCGCGCCGCCCGCGCCCGCGCUGUUUUCCAGUCCACUAGGCCUUCCCGCCCUGCUGCCCUCAGGUUCCAGAGCUCCGAGGCCGUUCGCCGGACGCCUGAGAACAACAACGUUUACAACGCCCCUCCCAGGACAUCCUCCCAACGAAAGGAGGAGAAGUUUACCGCUGGCACCACCACAUCUCAGCGCCAAACACCCGCAGCUCCCCUCAAGCUCAGCAGCAAGAACCUCUCCCAACUCCAGAAUGUCGCUGUCCCCACCUACCAGCGUGAGGGCGUCAAGCAAGGCAUUGUCCACGUCGGUGUUGGUGGUUUCCACCGAGCCCAUCUUGCAGCCUACGUCGACACUCUUCUCGAGCAAUUCGCCGUAAAGGACUGGUCCAUCUGCGGUGUUGACCUUCAGCCAUUCGCUGCUCCCAUGCGCGAUGCCCUGAAGCCCCAAGACAACCUCUACACCAUCAUCGAGCGUGCCGCUGAGGGUACUACCGCCCGCGUUUGCGGUUCCAUCACCGACUACCUCUUCGCUCCCGACAGCGCUGAGGCUGUCAUCGCCAAGAUGGCCCACCCCGACACCCACAUCGUUUCCAUGACUGUCACCGAGAGCGGUUACUACAUGAACGAGAACACCCACCAGCUCCAAACCGACCACCCAGAUGUUGCCGCCGACUUGGCUGGUGAGCAACCACCCCGCACUGUUUUCGGUUACCUCUACGCUGCCAUGGAGAGGCGCCACGCCGCUGGUCUCCGCCCCUUCACCGUUCUCUCCUGCGACAACAUGCAGAAGAACGGUGACAUCAGCCGCAACAUGCUGGUCUCGUUCGCCCGCCACCAGAACCCUGAGGUCGCCGACUGGAUCGCCAACAACGGUGCCUUCCCCAACUCCAUGGUCGACCGUAUCACUCCCCGUACCAACGACGAGGACAAGGUCAGCCUAGCCGAGAACUUCGGUGUUGAGGAUGCCUGGCCCGUUGUCACCGAGCCCUUCCACCAGUGGGUUCUCGAGGACAAGUUCGUCGACGGCCGCCCACCUUUCGAGAAGGCCGGUGUCCAGAUCGUUCCCGACGUGCACAAGGUCGAGGAGUACGAGAUGAUCAAGCUCCGCCUCCUUAACGGCAGCCACUCUGCCAUGGGAUACGCUGGUCAGCUCGCUGGCUUCACCUACAUCCACGAGGUCAUCGGCCACCCCGUCUACCGCCAGUUCGUCAUCAACAUGAUGAACCAGGAAGUCAAGCCGCUCCUUCCCCAGAUCCCCGGUGUCAGCGUCGACGACUACAUCAACACCCUCCUGGGACGUUUCUCCAACCCCACCCUAAAGGACGAGCUUCCCCGUAUCUGCCUUGGUGGCUCCGGCAAGAUCCCCCAGUUCAUCAUGCCCAGCAUUGCUGAGCAGAUCGUUGCCAACGGACCUCUCCGCCGCCUCACUCUCGUAGCCGCCGCAUGGUUCCGCUACAACAGCGGCAUCGACGACGCCGGCAAGGCCUUCAAGGUCGACGACCCCAUGGUCGAGGAGCUCCAGUCCUACGCCGCUCAGGGCCCCAUGGCUCAGCUUGAGAUCAAGACCCUCUUCGGCAACGAUCUCCGUGACGACAAGCGCUUCGUCUCUGAGCUCAAGGCCGCAUUGGAGGGCCUCGAGCGCGAGGGCGCUCUUGCUAUGAUUGAGAAGUACGCUUAA